AUGCUGCCCUCUUCGCCUGAGCACGCCCUUGGCCAGCCCAACUUCGGCAAGCACAAGCCCUUGCCCCGGCCUCGCACCCGUCGCGACGAUACUCGACCCAAUCCCGCAGACCAUGACUUGCGCUUCGCCGUCGACUCUGCCCACCCCGACGCCGCCCAGCCUUCGAUUCCGCGCGUCCUCAAGCAUGAAUCUCGCACCAUAAGCAACGCCCCGAACCUGCCUCCGACGCCUCCAAACCACUCUAGGAACUCUUCUGGCAGCCACCCUACCUUGCCAUACAUUGCCGACAGCAGCGGACACGCCGUCCCCCGAGACGUCAAGCGUCCCGUCGCCACUCCCCCGGAUCAGCGGAGCCCCCCAACGCCAGACGUGACACCGCCCGGCCCAGCUCUCCGUCCCCACGCCUUGCGCCCUUCUGUCUUGGACCGCACCCUAUCCAACACCGCAGCAAUGGGCUCGCCAAUCGAAUCUUUCGAGACCGCCAGAGAGGAGCCCUCGUCAUCCGACGACGAAGCCGGCAGCUUUACCAUGGGACAGCCUUUGAGCUCCUUCUCGAAAUUGUACCGUGUUGCCGACUCUCAAUGCAGUCCACUCAUCUCGCCCCCAGAUCUACAUGUCGCUCUAGAGCGCAUUCAAUCUCGGCAGGCCGACACAUCGGACUUUAAGACUCGACGAAGCCUCGCGAAAUCUGACCGAGCCUGGUGUGCGCCCCCUGACAUUGAACGGGAGUGGGCGAACAACAUGGGGAGGGCUUUGGCCAGGCCAAAGAAGCAUGUCGGGUUUGAGCACCUCGAUAUUCUCGACAAGAACACUCUUAACGAAAUACUUGACCACGGUGCGCCUCUGACAAAUACUGCCAAGCCUCUCCGCCAAACGUCACUCCACGAGGCACCCUUGCUGAGCUCGUCCCCCAAACGUACGCCGGAUCAAAGGCAUGCAUCUUCAGCCCCUUCCAACUCGGAUACUUCGAUCCGCACCGAUGCCAAGCGCUUGUCAGGGCAGUCCAUCAAGUCCAACCCGUCAACUGUCGUCGAGGCUAUUUUGGUGGACCUCCCACCACAAAGGCAGAGAACCCUGAGACACGUACAGAAGCGAGGCACUUUACGAGACACUAGCGGUCGUUUCUCGCCCAUUCAGGGGGGCUCAAGCCUCCACCUCCCCAAAUUGAUGCUCGCCGAAUACGGAGGCGAAAUGGACCGCCUGACUGAUGGUUAUGCUCGCAACACAUCCCACUCGAUAGCGAGCGGGCGUGCACGUCGCGAGGUCUGGGAACAUGGCGCAAUCCCAGUCGUCGUCGUCCCCGAGCGGCGGUCUUCGAGCCGGGACAGGUCGACAAAGGAACGUGCGCUCCGUUCGACCGCCGGCCGACGAUCAAAAAGAGCCACGAGCCCUGACCCUGGUUCCCAACACAGGCCCGCUCGUCACGUCGCCUCCCCUGUGCUGGAGCAGCGAGGUCGGCGACGGCCUGAAUCGGAACCAGACCAUUCGGAGCACAAGACGGUUGGCUCGUCUCCCUCCACCCCUGCCCCGUUUGCGUCGCACUCUGCUCAUGCGAGUGGCGACGCGUUGGGGGCUACGGAAGACCAUCUCGGGGCUCCCGAUUCCCCGCCGCAGCACCUUGGAGCUCCCGCACACGCACGAGCGCCAGCAGGCUCCCUUGAACCCCAGCCAAGUCCUUUACCAGAAGUUACCAUCCGCUUCGAGCCAGAUGAAGAUCAUGACCUGGCCAGUCUUGGCCGACAUGAGGAUGCCCUCUCAUCCAAAAAGUUCUCGUCCAGAAAUACCCCCUUUUCCAUUGCUUCGUUUGAGACGAGCGGCACGGCGCUCGAGGUGUCCGAGGCCAUGGCCGUUCAAAUGGUUCUUCACCAGAACUCGUCGGUUCUCGUCGUCGAUCAUCUAGCAAAGCCUGCCGAGGUAUCCGAGAUGGCAAAGGAAGAGGCUACACCGCCUGCGCAGCCGACGAUCAGAACGACAAGCCCGGGUGGGGGGCCAGUGACACCACCUCGGCGAGGUUCCUCGGAUGAGGUCGACUCUCCGCUCCGCAAUCCGCGACCGCCGCCGACGCCACCCGCACAGCCCCCGGCCAUCAACUUUAUCCCGGCCACUCCAUCGGGCUCGACUCCGGCGCAGGAAAGGCUUGCCCGGCUGGGAAAUUAUUUUGAAGCAACGGUGGAGCCGCCCUCUCGCCGACCCUCCAUCGUUAGACGGGCGCUCGGUCGGCGGCGUCAUUCCGUUGACUAUCCGCCGGCGGCCUCCAAGGCUCCCAGUUUUCUGAUGAGGACCCUAUCACUCUCCCGAAACGUGCGCCAGUUCCAGUCAACGGAUGCCACUAAGUCGGCCAACACAGACGUGAAUCCCACGUAUCAUCGGAAAGAUGCCGUGCCAGCUGAUGAAAACAAACUGCAUCCCUUUUGGCGCCCGCAACCCCCCGAGGGGGAGAGAGUCGACGGCGGCGAUUACGCCGGGCACGACUAUGAUGCCGGCGGAGCCAGACUGAACGGGAGCUCGUCCAACCGGGAGUGGGCUGUCCCGGCGCGUAUGCCGAAGCGGAGCUUUAGCGCGCGGAUGAAGCGGACAUUUGCUAUCUUUCCUAUCCGCGACGAUGAGUUUCUUCCUGCCGAGACCACUCACGGACCUGAACGACGCACCAUUCGGCGCACCCCGAGCGGCAAUCUCCGGGUGAUGCGUCGCCGGGCCAGUGCCGACUCGUACCUGCGGCGCGAGAGCAUGCGAGGCGCGACGUACGCUGCACCCGAUGCAAACGAGCGACGAGGUUUCUGGGGUGGUCGUGGCCUGCGACAGAACCAAAGCCAGGAGAAGUUGCGACGAUCUGCGGUGGGGCGACGGUGGGAAGGGAUCCAGAAGUUGCCGCGCAUGUUGAGCGAGAGGAGGCGAGAGAAGCGGACGCAGCAGCUCCGACAGAUGAUCAGCGGCCCCAAGGACGUCCGUGAUGGCGUUCGGGAAGUCAUCGAGCCCAGGGGCUCAAGAGCUCUGCGCCAACCCGACGGCUACGGGCUGAUCUAG